UUCUUUCGAUGCCUGACCCAUGAUUUGCGGGUGUUGUUCAGCGCGUAGUAACCUCAAAUAGUAGUUGUGUUAUCAUAAAGAAUAAAUACAGGGUAUUAUAGAAAACUGAUACCGAGAUGACUGAAGUCAAAGAAAACGUGAUUCGUAUGGAAGAUAUAUUGGGUGAGAAGGCAAAACCAGAUGUGAGUGAUCCAUUGAAGAAAGUAAACAAGCUGGAAAAACACGUGGAGAAGCUCACUAUACCAAAAGGCAAACCAAAGUCUGGAAGAGUUUGGAAGGAACAAAAAACCAGAUUUUCAUCGAUAAUUAAAACUCGUGGUACUCGUCUCUCCUUUGAAAAGAAGCAAAAAUUGAGGAAUGACAUGAAGCGUAUUAAAGAAUUAUCACGAUCGGUAAUUGCGCAACGCCAAGCAGAAAGAGAGGCUAAAAAACAACGAAGGAUUGAUAACUUGAAGCGAGCUGAGGAAAACAGAAAGAAAAGUGAAAUUGUACAAGUUAUAAAAAAUACAUCAAAGAUAAAGAAGAUGAAGAAAAAAAACUUAAGGAAAUUGGAGAAACGUGAUACAACGAAUAUGUAAUUUAUAUCUAACUUAACAUUUAAUAACGUAAUAGAACCUUAUUUUGUACAAACGAUUGAUAUUUUCAUUAUAAAAUGACUUCUUCACGCAA